AUGCUGAAGAUUUACCUCCAAAAAGCUAUUUGGCCAGCUUUUCAGAAGUUACCGAGGGGACUGAGGCAAGCUGCCCCGCCGCCGGUGACGGCGCAGAGGCUGCCGGGUACUGGGCGGCACGUGCCGAGCUGCUGGAUGGGAACCCACGGGAGAAACGAGCCGUGGGAGCCGCUGAACUCCCCAAAGAGGGCAAAGGAGUUUAUCUACCGCCUUCACCCAAAGGAGAGGUCCUGCUUACUGAACGAGCUGCAGAGUUUCGAGUCCAUCGCCAUCGCUCAAGUGUUAUUCCACAACGCCAUUCCUUUUGUUGGAUUUGGUUUUCUGGAUAACGCCAUCAUGAUCGCAGCAGGAACACAGAUUGAACUCUCCAUCGGAGUGACUCUUGGGAUCUCCACCAUGGCUUGUUACGUCGAGGCUCUGGCCUCCAAACUGGGGAUGCAGGUUCCAGACCUGACGCCCAAACAGGUGGACAUGUGGCAGACGCGGCUCAGCUCCCACAUGGGCAAAGCCAUCGGUGUGUCCAUCGGCUGCAUUCUCGGGAUGUUCCCGCUGUUUUUCCUGAGCGAUGAUGACGAGGACAAAGAGUCUCCGCCCGGCAGGGACGCACACUCCUAA